AUGGAUCUUUCUGGGAAAAGGGUUUCAGGCGAAGGGAGUAGCAGCAGUGGUGGUGCUGGUGCUAGCAACCUUCAGCUUGUCCCUUAUUCUGAGAACAAAAAAGUUUGCCGUUUCUGCCAGCGUGAAUUCAAGUGUGGCAGAUCCUUGGGAGGGCACAUCAAAGUCCACAAUAAGAGCCGAAGAACCAUAAAGUUUACCCAUAAGAAGAAGAGCAACAGAAGAGGGUUUGGAUCCUCUUCAACACCAGCAUCCCUCAGAGUUGAGAACGGUGCAAGUGGUGCAGCACCAGUCAGAAUUGUUGAAAGGGGUGCUGAGAUCACAGAACCAGCCAUGAUAGACAACAGAGAAACUGGUGCCCAGAUCCACGAUGUGUCCAUGUCGUUGCUGGGAUGUGGAUGGAGGACAAAGAGAAGGAGGGGAAGCAACGAAGAGACAAACCAUACGAUAAUAGUGAAUCAUUCUUAUUCGCAGGAUGAGUACGUGGAAUGUGAUGUUGAAGAUUCCUGCGAUGAGGACGAUUACGAUAACAUCAAACUACGGAAAUGGUUAAGGGGUCGAGGCUACGCCACUGGAGCACAUAAGAUCUGUUGGACUAGGAGAAUGCUAAUGUGCAAAGUCUGCAACCAGUAUUUCCGAAAUUUGUCUGGUGUGAUUACUCAUGUGGAUGAGUGUGCCCUAUCCAAUAGUGAAAUGGAAAUGGAGAAUGUGAGAAAUGAAGAGGUUGAUCAAGUUGAUGGUGAAGCUGGUGAGCAGCAAGAAGGAAACGGAGAAGGUGAAGUUGGCAGAAUGCCAGAAGAUGCUGCAUUGAGAAAAGGCAAUGGAGGUUCUUCUGGUGUAGGAGAAAAACAGCCCAUGCCAACUUCAGCUGCUACACCCAAAAAGCCUCAAUUGGAUCUCAAUCAAAUGCCUCCUACCGUGAAGGAUUGA